ACUCUACCUCAUUAUGGUCACCAUCAGAUACAUACUCUUCUUACAAACUUUUUCCUCUCCCCCACGUCCUGUUUGCCCUGUGGUUGACUUGAGUUGGACCGGAGUGUUUCCUUGUGAGCUGGGAUGGAGGGGGAGUGCACUGACCGUUCUCAUUCUGUCAGCUGUGCUUAUCACCUGCUACUCACUCAUCACUGCCUGCUUGGUGAGAUGGAACCCUCGGAAACAAUGGAACUCAACCACAUCAGUUUUUGAUACUCAAGAAAAGCCGACCCAGUUCCAAGUGAGAGUUCAGAGCUCUAAUCGGCCCCCCACUCUCAGUCUGUAUAUACUGUUACUGAUAUUCCGCUUACUGUUACAGUCAGGAGAUGUUGAAGCAAACCCUGGACCAACGCUUGGCUCAAUUCUUACUCUCGAUGAUUUGAAUUCUGUUUACAAGAACCUGAUAAAAGCCGCUGGAAACUGGUUCAACCUGGGACUUGAUCUGGGAUUAGGUUUUGACACCCUUAAUAAUAUCAGCGAUAAACAUCGAGAUAAUCAAAUUCGUCUAUGUGAAGUGCUGGCUGUUCGCUUGAAGACUGGCCUUCUCACCUAUUCUGAAAUAUGUCAGAGUCUCAGAGCACCAACAGUUGAACGGAAUGAUGUCGCUGAGGCUAUAGAGAAGGCAUGUACAGUUGACGAUACUUCACCUGGGCCAUCUAAAACAAAUACGUCUACAAUGAAUCCUGAACCAACCAAUGACGAUACUCCACCUGGGCCAUUUAUGAGGCAAGCAUUGUCCACAACAACUCCUGGACCAACCAGUGGUGCUGGAUUCACAGAAAGCUUGGGAAAUUCAAUGCUAGAUACGGUGAUAAAAGAUGAAGAUCUGAUUCAUUUGGCUGCUUAUUUUGAUAGUGCUACACUUCUUGCUGCCGCAAUAUCACUAAACCCUCAUGAAAACGGUGAUGUAACGCGAGCAAAAGCCAGUGAGGGCACACAAAUUGCAGUACAUCUAUGCUUGAAGUACUGGAAGAGAAGGAAACCCAAAGAAGCGACAUUUCAAGCACUUCUAACUAUUGUCCGCAGUCUGGGAAAAGAGGACACAGCCACCAGCAUUGAAAAAUACUCAAAAACAGUAUUUUACCAUGCAAACAAUUACUUACUUUCAGAUGACCAUACUUCGCUUGGGCCAUCUCAGAAGCAAAAAUUGUCUACAACGACUCGUGAACCAACCAAACCCAAAUCCGAUAAUCAUCCCACCAUCCAACCAGAUGAAGCAAUAGGAAUUUAUCAAUCAUACUUAACUAGUAUUUACGAUACAAGAUCCCUCCCUGCUGAUGACAAAUAUCCUCUCCAGUGUGUUAAGCAUUUUGUUAAUCUAGAAUGUGCGGAUGUAAGUAAACAUUUAUCGAGAAAGGAAAUGGAAGAGUCCUGGUCAAAAAUAGUUCAAGGCAUGCUGUAUAAAUUUCCUAGAGAGAGAAUCACAAUCGACCAGAUAGCUUCCAAAGUAGAGGGCAAAUUCUCUAAACUAGUUGUCAUUAAAGGGGCUCCUGGAGGAGGUAAGACGACUUUGUCAUGGGAACUGUGCAGACGAUGGGCUAAUGGUGAAGUUUGGACAGAUUACUCCCUCGUUGUAUUGCUCCGACUUCGAGAUAAGAAUGUUCAGGAAGCUGUAGAAUUAGUUGAUCUAUUUCAAUGUGAAAAUACUGAUGCUUCCAAUAAUAUUGUUGCUACUACUAUCAUACAAAAUCAUCAUGGGCACGGUAUUCUUUUCAUUUUGGAAGGCCUGGAUGAGUUGCCGCCAUCCCGUAGAGAAAAUGACUCCAUGUUUAUGAAGCUAAUAACCGGACGUCUUCUGCCAGCUAGUACCGUGCUUGUUACCACUAGGCCCUGGGCUGUAUGUGAUCUACCUGUUACUUGUAGUUCAAGAGUUGAUCAGUUCAUUGAAAUCUUAGGUUUUUCUUCCGAACAAAUUCAAGAGUACAUUGAUCUAAUAAUUAAAGAUGGAGCUCCACCAGAACUACGUCAAUACAUUAACUCUAAUCCACGUAUCUCUAGUGCAAUGUAUAACCCUCUUCAUGCCAGAAUUGUAGUUGAAGUGUACAGAGAAAACUACGAGAAUAGCAAUAGCAUAAUCCCCAACACAACAACUGAACUAUACACCGAAUACUGUCAAAUUUUGAUUAAAAGAUGUUUAGAGAGUGAUUGGAGUGGUGAGCUGAGUGAGUUACCUUCAUCACUUCAGGUACAUUUUGAUAAGCUCUGCCGAAUUGCAUACAAUGGAAUAACAAAAGAAAAACAACAAUUGGUUUUCUUCAAGGAAGAUGUUGUUGAUACUAAAACACUUGGAUUCAUGAACAGUGUACAUCCUUUAUAUAGGAAAAGCAACAGUUCUCCAUCUUACAAUUUCCUUCAUCUAACACUUCAAGAGUUCCUCGCUGCAUUUUAUGUCUGGAGAAAUAAAACCCCACACGAGCAGUUUCUUUUGUUUGAAACAAAGGCCUAUGAUGGAUCAUACAAGAUGAUUCUAUUGUUUUUAGCUGGAUUGACUAAACUGAAUGACCCAUGGACACAGUGUGUACUUCCAACUCCUUAUGUGUACUAUGAGGAAGGAUCGUCAAAAGCCGAGAGAAUGUGUGAAUUCUCAAGUUAUCAAAUUCUGUGGAUCUAUGAAAGCCAAAAUGUGCAAGCCAUGAAGGACUUGUAUUGUAAUGUGCUGUAUGAACUACCGCUAGAUAAUGAUGAUAUUGAUCAGUUUGCACUUGGUUAUGUUGUAGCUUCUGCUCAUUUCAAAGUAACUCUAAUGGACACGUUCAAGUUUAAUGGCCGUAAUGUGGAUAGAUCAAUGAUGUUAGCAGGAAUCAACAAAGUUUUGCCUUCUUUUACUCUAAGUGUAAGGCAUCUGAAAAUGUCUACCACAUUCAAGAUUUCAUCUGUUUGGCAUUCACUCACUGAUAGGAUACUACCAGAAUUAGAAAGCGUCACUAUCAGUAAUAUUAUUGACGAUAAAUUUGAUGGGCCUGAGGUUCCAUGUACAUUAAAAAUAUUUGACACUAUACAGCUAUCUCCAAACUUAAGUGUUGUAGAGCUAGAUUUUGGCAUCUCAAGAGACACUGUGAUACGAAUACUUGAUAUUUUGAAGCCAAAACACUGCUUGAAAGUUUUGAAGUGUGCUCAAGUAUCGCCAGCUGAUGAAGAGUCGUUGUCUGACUUUAUUGCACAUUCUAGUAUUGAAAUGUUGGUGAUACAUUUGGUACUAGAUCCUUAUCUUGAUGACUCACCCAUCACAGAUACUGAUAAUUGGUGUAUUUCAAUUGGAUUGAACGUGACUGAGUUAAAAAGGAACAACACGAAAAUCUUGCCACAUUUACUGUCUGAAAUUUCAUUUACCAAUAACAAAGCAAAAAGAACGUUUCUAAAAACUGUUUCAGAGUCUACCACCAAAAACUUAAUUUCAAUAUUAAGCCACUGGAAACUAAGCUUACAAUAUCUGCGAUGCUCUUCCAAACUUCACUUCACUCCCACACAAUCUGAGCAGUUUUUUAGUACUCUACUCGAUUGUCCGAUACUUAAAGAACUCGAUAUCCAUAAUAAAAUAAUAGGCCAAUUGGAAUAUUUCUGUACCCACCAACACUUGCAAUCACUAACUUUGUGGUGUCCUGAUAAUGCCUUUGAAGUUUUACGUUCUCUCAAAGACAAUCGAUUACAUUCCAUUAAAAGCCUUAAACUUACAUGUCACCUUGACUGCGAUUUUGAUGAAGCUAUUGGUGAGUAUCUACAGACUGACACAUCUCUAGAGGAAUUGACACUGCGUUAUUGGAAUUUCAAAAGUAGCCCGAGUCUUUUAAUGCAGGGACUGCAAGUUAACACAAGUCUAACUAAGCUAACUAUUUCACCUCCUAUUAGUUAUGAUGAACCGCUUAUUAUCGGAACGUUUGAACUGACCCAAAUGUUUCAUACAACUCUACAAUUCAUUGAUCUUAUGGUUUAUAAGCAGUUGCCAGGGGAUCUACUACCCGCCUUGGAAGCAUUGAGAGAAAACAAUACAGUUAAACACCUGACACUCUGUCUGUAUGUGCCACCAAUCAGUAAGUUUAAACCGUACACUGUUACCACUGAAGAGGCUGAAGCUGUCGGUAAUGUGUUAGCCAAGAACAAGACGCUAGAGGUGUUUCACCUCGAUGCUGAGAUCACCGAGUGCUCCCCAAUUGUCAGGGGGCUGUUUGAAAAAAAAACACUGAAACAAUUCGGCACUUCUAAGAAUACAAAAAAGAACAUUGUCACAUGUCCCGAGUACGUUGAUGUCAGACAAAGAAUUGUGUUUAUGGAUAAAUAUUUGAAUAUGAGUUAGUUUAGUAUUCUCAAUAGUGUUGUUUAAUAGUGAAAAUUUAUUGUGUACUAAAUCUUGUAAGUCUUCUUGGAUGGCUAUCUUAUACAUUUUGUACAGUAUUAUUUUUGUGUGUACCAUUCCUGACCCAGUUUCAUGGGCAGAGAGUAUAAACUGUUCUCAAUAAUAAUUAUUAUACACUCCA